AUGCUUCCCAGAGAGGAUGACGCAUGGAGUCAAGACCUUGAUAUCAGUGGCCCGUUUCAGCCGCUUGUAUUUUCUGCAGACGAUGUUCAGACCUACGGGGUCUUCGCCAGCGAAAUCCAGGCGCUCUAUGCGCUGCAGAGUGUCAUGCAGCGCACCAGAGAUCCGUCCGUCGAGCUUGAGACACUACUUAAUCACGAAUCGUGGAAGCUCGACAUGCUGAUACAAAGGAAAAUCCGAGAAACCCUGACCAUAAGCUGGAAGCGGCUUGAGCACCAGUACACAGUGGUCACUUUGGCACUGAUAGAACUUCACGAAAAGAGGCUGGCGUGUAAUGGUCCAAAACUUUCUUUAUUUGUCAAGGAAUCGUCCAUCGCAGCUCUUGAAAUGGCCCUUACUAUUGCUCAUGAUCUGAUGCGUAUGGAGAAGACUGCGGACAUUCUCAAACUCGACAGGAUGCCUCUUACUGCAGUCAUCCUAUACAAGAAGGUCGGCUUAGCAGCAAUUCUACUAGGAAAGCAUUACGAUCGUGACACCAAGACUCUGUUACGAGAGGUGAUUCAGAUGCUUUCGGGACGAAUUUCAAGAAGAUGGAAAAUUGCACUUCAAAUCGCAUCUCAACUCCGCGAAGCCCUUCCUGUGUACGAGGACGUAGACAUGGCCUCGUAA